AUGCGUCGAGUCACCCAAACCGCCAAAGCAAGUGCUCGAGCCGCCUCGUCGUCUCCACCUCUGCGGAAGCGGGUCAAGCGGGAGGGUCGGCCCGGGUCACCGGACCAACCUGCCGCCUCAAAGGUCAACCAAACCCAAGCCACCCCGGCCGGAUCACCACCACCUCCCCACAAGCACGACGCCGCCCUCGCAGACAAGAAAUACUCGGCCUACUCCCCCUACACCAACCAAUCCCCCUUUCCUGACUUCGGUCAUCCCACCCCAAAACAAUGCGCCGACGCCCACACCGUCCUCUCCAAACUCCACUCGGCGGACGUUGCCAAGGAAUUUGAGGACGAGUUCACUCCGGAGUCCAUCCCUCAUGUGCUCGACUCCAUCAUAGUCGCAAUCCUCAGCCAGGCCACCGGGUGGAGCAACGCCAAGCGAGCCAUGGCUAGCAUGGUAUCUGCCUAUGGCUCGGUAUUCGCGUAUGACGCUAUCGUAGGAGGCGGGCGGGAGAAGCUGGAGGGAGUUUUAAGAUGCGGUGGCAUGCAGGUGCGGAAGUCCAUGAUGAUCAUGACGAUCCUGGACCAAGUCAAUGAGCGGUAUGGAGGGUGGGACAUGGACAGCAUGUUCAAGAUGAGCGAUGAGGAGGCGAUGAAGGAGCUGCUCAGCUUCAAGUACGUCGGUACGAAAUCAGCAUCGGUGGUCCUCGGCUGGUGCCUGAAGCGGAAGCCAUUCACGGUCGACACACACGUUUAUCGGAUCACGGGACUUUGGGGAUGGCGGCCGGCGACCGCCACUCGCGAGAAGACACAGAGUCACCUUGAGAUCAUGAUUCCUUCUGACCUCAAGUUCGACUUACACUUCCUCUUUAUCGCGCACGGUAGAACCUGUCCGGCCUGCCGGGGUGGUAGCAAGAGCUUCAAGGGGUGUACAGCGGUGGCGGCAGGAUUAGAGAUCGAUCGCUGA